GCAUUUCCCGUAGUAACCUUUCCUGUCUGUCUGCUGGUGCGUUUGCGCCUCCUGUCUUGAAAGAGGUGAAGAAGAGUUUACUUUCCAGAGAGUUCAAGGUUUGGUUUCGGUGUUCGUCUGGAGUAAAAGGGUUUGCCGAGGCAGAAAGCCCCUUUUCACGGAGCCAAGAUGCUAAACAUGUGGAAGGUUAGGGAGUUGGUUGACAAAGCAACCAACGUUGUGAUGAACUAUUCAGAGGUGGAGUCUAAAGUAAGAGAGGCCACCAAUGACGACCCCUGGGGACCAUCAGGACAGCUGAUGAGUGAAAUCUCAAGAGCCACCUUCAUGUACGAGCAGUUUCCAGAAGUGAUGAACAUGCUGUGGGCCCGCAUGCUGAGAGAUAACAAGAAGAACUGGAGGAGAGUUUACAAGUCAUUGCUACUGCUGGCCCAUCUAAUCAGGAACGGAUCAGAGAGGGUUGUUACCAGUGCCAGAGAACAUCUGUAUGACCUGAGAUCAUUAGAAAGCUACCACUUUAUAGAUGAGAAUGGGAAGGACCAAGGUGUGAACGUGCGUCAGAAGGUGAAGGAGAUGGUGGAUUUUGUCCAGGAUGAUGACAGGCUUAGAGAAGAACGGAAAAAAGCAAAGAAGAACAAAGACAAAUAUAUUGGGGUAUCCUCAGACAGUAUGGGAUACAGAGGUUACAUGGGGGACAGGUACGACUCCAACGAUAGCGGGGGAAAGUGGGAUGAUGACUGGGACAGGAAUAAAGGGCAAUUCCCCUUCAGUGAGAAGCUGGGGGAGAUCAGCGACAAAAUCGGGAGCACCAUUGACGACACCAUAAACAAAUUUAGGAAGAAGGAGAGAGAUGACUCACCAGAUCGAUUCAGUGACAAUGAGGAGGAACGGGGUCGCUCGUCUCACAAUGGCCAGUCAGGAAGAGAAUUCAAAGAUGAAGAGGAGACUGUUACCACCAAGAGUGUUCACAUAGUCCAGGCAACAGAGACCACAGCGACACGGAAGAGAGGAGUCCCGUCCAGGAAAGUAGACUUGGGAGCUGCAGCCAACUACACAGGAGACAACAGCCCUGACACUGCCACCAAACAGCCCCAGCCAGCAGCCCCUCAGCCCUCCAGCACCGGCCUAGCUGACCUCCUAAUGGUAGACACAACGCCGAGUCAGCCAGCUAUGACAGACCUGAUCGGUGGAUUCGCUGACUUCUCCUCACCUGCUGCGUCCACUGGCCUCUCCUCGGGAACUGCCGCACCAGCCUCCAGCAGCAACGGAGAAUUUGGAGAGUGGAACGCCUUCCCUGGAGGUCAGAUGCCAACAUCUGCUCAGACUGUUGACAACAGCGGAAAUGACCUUUUCGCAGCCAUGACAGCAGGUCCUGCCACUGGCCCAGCCCCAGCCCCCGCCCCAGUCUCUGCUCCAGGCUCUGGUCCCGCCUCAGCAGACCUGUUCGACUUGAUGGGGCCAACUCAGUCUCUCACCUCCUCCCAGAGCCUCAACUUUAGCAUGAGCAGCACACAGAGCAUGAGCUCCACAGUCCUGCCCCAGUCUAGGUCACAGCCCCUCCAGAACAUGGGGGGUCCUCUACAACCACAGUCUGCCAUGCCCCUCCAGCCUGUGCAGCAGGGAAUGGCCCCUCAGGGUGCCGGAGCCAAAGCGUCCCUCCCCUCCACCUGGUCGGACACCUCAGUUAACAUCAACCUGGAUUUCCUGGGCCCGGGCAUGCAGCCACCCAAGCCUAGCCUGCCCACCCUCAACACCCUCCAACAAGGCAACCAGGUACCCGCCAACAUGCUCUCCCAGGGAUUUUCAGCCAUGAGCCUUGGACCUGCAGCAGGAAGACCGGCUGGAAAUCCCAUGAUGCACCCUGGUGCUGGCAUGGGAAUGGGCAUGGGGAUGGGAAUGGGAAUGGCCCCCAACCAGGGCAUGAUGGGGAUGGGCAUGAACAUGGGGAUGCCUGGUGCUAUGGGAAUGGGAAUGGGAAUGAACCCUGCAGCGACCCAGCAGCCCAAACAAGAUGCCUUCGCUGACUUCGCUAACUUUGGAAAGUGAUGGAGCCAGAGAGCAAAUGUAAUAUGGUGGAGUGGUGUUGGUCUCUCUCUCUGUGUGUCUCUCUCUCUCUCUGUCUCUCUCUCCGUCCAUUGGUGAAGGAUUGUUAUGAGCUGCAAACAAAGAGUACUUGAAUAAUGUCAACUGUCACAAUACCAACUUCCCACAAUCUCCUUAAUUUUUUUUUUAAGUAAUGCUGCGUAAUAAUCUGGAUCUAAAUGAAUGUGUGUGUGUGUGUGUGUGUGUGUGUGUCAUGUUUGAACCAGUGGUCUGUCUGGUCCGGGGCCAUGGUCAGACACGCACUGAUGACAGUGUGCCUUUUUUCGGUUCUUAAGCCAGUGAGAGGAGGGACGAGUGUGCCACCAAGAGAACGUCAGGGGGACUUUGCUUUAUAACCUCAAUCAAGUGAAAUCACCAGAAUAGCAAAAAAUAUAUAAGUAGCUGCAUAAUUUUGUUUUGACAUGCAUUCUCAGUAACUUUUACUGAAUGAAGUUUGAAUAACAUGAUCAGCCAUUUUAACUUUCUAAUGUACAUUUAAGAAUGUCAAGUUACCUCUUUUCCUGUGUCCUUGCUCUUCCUUUGACCUGUAAAUAGAAAUCUGGAGCCCUUACAGAUAAGUUAUGAAGUUGCUAAAUGAGAGGAAGUGACAGUGUGAAGAGGUGUAUCAUGCAGACCAAAUCUGAUAUGAAUUAAGACCUAUAACAAAGCACAUUGACACCUUCUCUGUGUACAUAAAUGUCCACACACUCCACAUGUUGCUUGACAGUGCUGCAGUUUGAGUAAUGAGCGAGUGUUUGGAGUGAAGACGAUUUAUUAAUUUGAGGAGUUUCUCCUUCAAUAGACCAUCAUUUGUGGCCUUUCUUAUUGGUAUAUAUAUAUAUCUAUAUAUUUUACUUAUGAAGAAGAUUAUAAUCAGUUUGCAUCCAAAUGAGAUAAUCAGUAGGUAGAACAAGCCUCAUCCAGGUUGGGGUUGUGGGUUCUUAAUUACCGCACACAGAGUGCCUGAAUGACCUUUUGCCUUUUCUCUUCAGUUGACCUCUUUGAAGGAGACAAUGUGACUGUGCAGUGUUGAGGACGGACUGCCGUCUGUACUGUGUACAAACGUGUGUUUGUACUGAUGCCUCAAGCCAAGCGUACUGUCUUUACAGAUAUAUCAGAUGCAAUUGUAUAAUUAUUUCACUCAAUUUUUUUUUGUCCCAUACACAGUUCAGUUAUUUCCACUCUGUCCAAGCUGGUGUUAACUUCAGCGCAAAAAAAAACAAAAAACAAAUUCUUUAAAUUUAUCUGAGCUCAGCUUAAAUCAACACCUCAAGACUGUUAAAGAUUCCACCAUGCGUCUGUCUGUUAAAUGUGCACCAGUUGUCUUGGUAAAUGCUGCCUUCUGCCAUCUUUUUUAAAGAUCCCAUAUGUACACAUUUUCAGGGUUGUACUUUUCUGUUCUUUUACUGUUCAAAAACAUUUUUUUCCUCUUAUGGUCCUUUGCUGCAGCACCUUUAUUCAUCCUCUGAAUGGCCGGUGUUAGUGUCUCUUUAAGGCCCCCCUCCUGAAAAGCCCAGUCUGCUCUAAUUGGUCAGCUCUCACAAGCCUGAGCAGGGUCCGCCAAUCAGGUUUCUGCUUCAAACCCUGACAUUAAGGCCUUGCUGGGGGCGUGGCCAAAGGUGGCGACUGUAUAGUUGUGACAUCACAACCUCAGAAAUCCUGCCAGCUCGUUUGAAGCAGUUUCUGAAAAUAGGCUGUGUACAUUUGUCAAUUGAGCAUUUUUAUAUGUCCAAAGUAUAUAUACAUCAACUAAACAUCUUAAAUUAGAAAAACUUUGUACAAUAUGGGACCUUUAAUGUAACACGUUAUAAAGAGCCAUCUUAAACAGUCUUACUGUCAUAACUCUCAUCAGUCCAAGUCUGACUGUUUCUCAACUCAUCAGAAAGAUUGUGUGAGAGGAAGCACUUGAGAAGCAAGUCUGUAUACACAAACUGUACAUUAUGGUGGCUGGAGGAAGAUGUGUUGUGGGAUUUUGCAUAAGCCGUGUCCAGCUGACCUGUUAGAUGUGCAAAACAUUGCUCUUCAGUGGUUCAAGUGCCUGCCGACGGUUGUAAUUGAGUGAUUGAUAAGUAAAUCUCAGCUGCCUAGCAUUUUUGGUUUGUCACACAUUGGAUAAAUAAUUCACUGACCAGAGGAGAAGGCAGUGGAUUCUGCAGCCCCAAGAGGAUUUUAAGUUGCGUUGUCUGACUCUCCCUAACCCUCAAGAGGCUGAGCGCACUAACACGUAGUAGCCUUGCAUCGAAAGCCUGGAGCAUUAAAAUGACCAAAAUCUGUUUGCUGUUCUUAUUUUUUUUUUUCUAAAAUAUAUCAAUAGUGGUUGUUUUAUGCAUUUGUUUUCUACUUCAAAUUAUUUUGAUCUUCUCUAAAAUGGGAUUGUUACUGAAACACUAGCAUAUGCAAAUGUAAAGAGAAAAGAGAUCCUUUGAGAACAUUUUUUUUUUUUUUUUUGCAUUAUUCCCAUUUUGAUUUGAUUUACACAUCGAGAUUCUUUAUCUACAACAUUAAACAGUUGAUUGAAA